GCCACUUGCUUCAAAGGUGUUUUAAGGAGAGGAAUUCGCAUUCACGCGGUCGCGACCCUAACUGAAGCCUGUGUACUAAACGCUCGUGCUUUUGUUUUAUCUUCACAUCCAGUCUUUUUUUUAUUUGAACAAUGAAAGUCAAUUGCGGUGUUCAUUGCCACUUAUACUAAUUUUUAGGCGUUCGCUUAUUUCGAUGAGUGUAACUCCAGGCGCGACUGCAACCGGGGGGCCUUUACACAACGAAGUAUGAAUAAAGGUAUAAUUCGUUUAGGUAAUGAGGAGCUCAGCUGGUGGGCGUACUCGACCACGUAACAGCCGGCUUGAAGCCUGACUAGUGCGACUACGUCCUCGGCUUAGAACGAUGACAGCGAAUAAGUCUUGUUAUCAUCACAAUCAUUGCUUUCAUAAAUGGUCAUCGAAAGGCGUUGGCGAGCGACCGGUUACUGCGCGACGUGCAAGCCACGCGCCAUCGCGUGCGGCCCCUAGUCGCCUAUUAGCACUCCUCUUAUUUACCUCGCUUCUACAACUCCUUCACUUCGAUAGAGUGGUAGCUGGACACGCUCUAGCUGCAAUUCCUAGCUUACUUCCUUUUGGCGGGACGCAGCGGUUGCGGGACUCGGAAAGUUUCCGAAGCGACGAGGUGGCAUCCGACGAUGGGAACAGCACCGCACUUCAUCACCCACAUGCGCAGCCCCGCCGGCACCUGCUGGCUGCUGCUGCUGCUGCUACCCCGCCGCGCAAGCGCACCAGCUUCAAGCGGCAGCCCACGCCCGGCGCCGCUUACGUUAGCAUCGGCAAGGUGCGCCCCUUCACGGGCGACGUCUACCCCACCUCCUCCCUAGCGCAGGCCCUGGCUGCCCGCGCCUACAAGCGGGAGGUCAUCCUAGUGACCGACACGCGGCCCCGUGCAGCGCUGCAACUGUACGACAACCUAGCCCAGCUGGGCCUGGUGCAUGUGCUGUGGCUGACGUCAUCGCAGGCCUCCUGCGCCGCGUUGGAGCAGCUAGCGGCCGCCCGAGCCGAACUCCAGAGCUCCCGCCAGCAGCAGCAGCAGUCCAGUAAUAGCAGAACCACCGGUCGCGGCACGGCGGCGAAGCUGGGCCCUAACGACGCCAUGGGUUGCGCCUGGUACAGCCAGCCCUUCCCCCCCGGCUUCACCGGCCACCGGCAGCUGAUGACGAAGCGGCUCAUGCUGCUCGCCCGCGCCGCCCGGCUGCGCUACAACGUGCUCACCCUGGACACCGACGUCAUCGUGUUCCGCGACCCCUACCCCUACCUCAAGGCGCCCCCGUACGGCAAGAUGCAGCUGAUUGUGGGUCGCAGCGUGCGCGGCGGCGGCGUGGUGAACACGGGGGUGAUGUACCUGCAGGGGGCGGCGCGGGAGGGGCCGGUGGCCUGGCUGCUGGGGGAGGUGGUGGACCGCAACCUCCGCUGGCUGGAGCACAACAACAGCAGCAGUAGCAGUAGCAGUAGCAGUGCAGCAGGGGCGGCAGGAGCAGGAGGGGCAGCGCCCUACCUGGCGCCGCACCAGGCGGACACGCGGGGCUGCUGGGACCAGUUCCUGUUGGCUGACGUGCUGCUGAGCAGCCUCACGGGCCGCCUGGUGCUUUGGUACUGCGUGAAGCCGCCCGCAACCAAUGCGACAGCAGGGGGGACAGCAGGGGGUGCGGCGGGGGUGCGCAUGUUGCGUGCCGGAGCCAGCCGGCGGGAGCGGGAGCGCGAGGAGGAGGGGCGGUGGGGUGCGGUGCACCGCGCGGCGCUGGGGCGGGGUCCCAUGGAGCUGCUGAACCACGAGGUGACCCCCGUGUCCGACCAGCCCUCCCUGGCCUCCCUGGUGGCCGCCAAGGCCUUCAUGACGCACUGGGCCAACCUCACAACAACCUCUUCCACAGCAGCCGGGCAGCAGCAGCGGGCAGCGGCAGCAGGGGGCGGCGACCCGCCCCCGCUGCUGCCGGAGGAGCCGGGGUACCGCCUGCCGCCCCGCCGGCCGGGGGGGCUGGCGGAGGCCUUCCGGGCGCAGCUGGCGGCGGAGGCG